AUGACUUUUACAAUUGGCUCAACACCAGCAUCAUUCAGGUGCGUUCUCUUACCUCUCCCCCUUCAUCUCUGCCCUAUAGCUCCUCGUGCACUUGGUGCGUGUUUCGUCCUGCAUACCCACGCUUACAUUCCGCCACCCACGCGGCAUCCCAGCCCUCCCCUUGUCUGCAUAAAAAGCUCGCACACUCAUCGGCCCGUGUGCUCCUCACUGCCGCCGCUCUCCCCGCCGCCCCUGCAGAAACUGUGGCGGGACCCGACGUGUGGCUCUGGCACAUGCGACCGGCCCUUCCAGUAUCCGGCGUUUGGCCGCUUUGGCUGCGAGGCGGACUGCGGCAUCUUCCCCAACCUCACCUCCGUCGUCAUCCGCCUCUCCUCUCAGCUCGACACACAGCAGGCUGCUGACGAAUCUUCCUGGAACCUCUGCAUGGUCAACCCGGUCUCCCUCUGCUGGUAUGCUCGCCCUCCUCCCGCCGCUCUGCUCUUCUUUGCCGUCCCCGUCCUGUGUAAUCAUCCCCACCCCACCCCACCCCACGCCACCCCCAUGCGUGGCGGCCAUGCGGUGCGGUGCAAGCAGGUACGAGGAGUUUCAGCCAUUCCCUUUGGGCGAUGCGGAGGUGUCAGUGGCGUUGGACAUUCCGGACGGCGACUGGGUGGUUGGUGCUCAACGCGCCCGCGGGGGGUAUCCGCGGCACCGUGCACGCGCCCCCCUCCCGGCACGCGCCGCUUCUCCGUCGUCGGCGCCGCCUCCACCAUUGAGCUCGCCGCAUGGGGCUACUGUACGCACGACGAUGACGUGGAUGCAGCCAGUCAGGCGCUGCCAAGUGGCGGCGCUGGUGGUUCUCCGCCUGAUGUCUGCCGUGACACGUGUGCAAGGCUGGUGGCCUGCCUGCCAGCAACCUGUGGGCGAGCAUUCACGGAGAGGGAGGUGGCAGGGGCGUUCGUGGACUGUGCGCGCAUGUGCAUCGUCGCACCUUCUUCCAUCACCAUCUACGCCGACACUCCCUGCCCCAUGCCUGAGAUCGCAACACUCUUCUCCAACAUCCCCUGCAACGUUUCAGCGCUGCAGGUGGCGGUGUCGCGUGCUCUCUUCACCAUGGCCAAGGACCGCUGCCUGGCUGGCCGUGCUCCUGGAGCAGAGGCGAGGGUAGCGGCGGGAGCGAGCAACCACACACAUGGAGGGUUGGGCAGCGUGCGGGGGCGUAUGGUGGCGUGCUUUUGCACGAUGCUGGGGGGCCCUGUGACGACGCUGGAUGAGUGCCGGUUCACGGAUGAAGCAGGGCAGCCGGUGGUGGGGGGUGGUGAGAUGUACGCAUACCUGCAGCGCACGCAUGUGAGCGGUGGGCGCAUGAUCUCAGCGCAGCACAUGCGGCGCUUCGUGCAGACCAUGGUGGCGGCUCUGAGGUCGGUGACGCCCAUGGCAGGACGCGGCUGCGGCGCGUCCUCAACACGCUCAUGCACUCCUUCGACGAUGCCAUCGUCACCUCCGACUCUGUCGGCUGCUCACAAGGUGCUCAUGCCCGGCGUGUCUCACAACACGACCAUCCAUGUGGGCGACAAGGUCACCUGGGUGUGGGAUGACGACCUCCCACACUCCAUCAGAGUGGCGGGGAUGGGAGAGGCGGGCGACCCGCUGUUCGUGGGCUUCGGGGGGGACCGCCUGGCCGUGUCACGGCAGAUGGUGUGCACUCCCAUGAACGUGGGCGCCGGCGACACGAGCGAUGACCCCGUGCCCUGCGUGCUCAGAAUGGACGACGAGCCCGUGGGUUCCUUUGCGUACAGCAAGGUGUUUGGAGAGCCCAUCACCAUCCACUACUCGGACGGCUCGCUGGCAGGCACGGCUGGGGACGCCGUGUCUUCCUCUGCCUCUCCCUCCUCCUCCCUCACCCCCUCCUCCAUGUCCGCCAGCAUUCUCACAGUGCUGCCUGCAAGGGCUGGGGCGGAUGCUACUGGUUUUGCCAGUAACACCGCGGUCGUUACCAACACCACAAACCCCACCGCUGCCAACAGCACGACUGCCGGCCCCACCAACACCACGGCAACCUACGAGUGCUCGCCGGGGUGCCGGCUGCAGCGGCUGGCGAACGGGGUGUGCGAUGCGGCGUGCAACACGCCCGUGUGCGCCUUUGACGGCGGCGACUGCGCGUGUGUCGACUCGCUCUUUGGCCCCGGCAUCUGCGCCUGCCCGCCCGGCCACACCCGCCGCGACGACGGCUCGUGCUGUCUAUCCACGGCGGUGGGCGCCAAUCUCAACUUCCCCUUCUCACUGCAGCGCUACGGCCCCAACUACACGGAGAGCAACUACGUGUUUGCGGCUGAGAGGGGCUUUGCGGCCACACGCUACGUGUCUCGCCGCAACCGUCUGUUGAUCGGCAUGGUGCUGCAGCAGGAUCGGUGGGGCACACAGCAGUGCAGCGGAGCGGGCCUGCUGCACCUGGGGGGGUGGUGCAGCAACGGCACGUCUACGGAACCGUUUGGAGUGAACCCGCACUUCCUGCCCACGUCGGCCAUCUACGACAGCGCUGCCAGCGCCAACAUGAGCCAGCUCGACAACAACACCUUCGGCUUCAAACUGCAGUUCAACCCACAGGGCCUCCCCUAUGGCUUCAUCUACCCCUUGGCGUCUCUCAUGACAUACCCUUUGGUGUUUGGCAUUAAUCUCGAUAACGAGGCGGCCACACGGCGUUUAACCUACUUGGUGGAUGGCAGCUACAUUGACAAUGGCACGCGCAGCAUAGACGUCAACUUCAUAACCUUCAAUGGCGAGACGCUCACCUUUGUGCUGACAACUGUGAGGUGCACGGUGAAUGGGGGGGGCAGCAUGGACGUGAGCUUCAAGUCACAGCCGGCAGCCAUGGCGAUGUACGAUGCAUCGGCGGACAACAUCGCACGGCUGGUGCUGGAGAUAGUUUACUUGGUGGGGCUGCUCUGGAAUGUGUGUGGCGAGCUGCAGGAGAUGGCCGACCGCGCUGCCAAGGAUGGCUCUGUGCUCAGCUAUUUUGAGCAAGCAUGGAACUGGAUCGACAUGCUCUCUCUCUCGCUGCAAGCUAUCGCCGUUGUCCUCUGGGUGGUGCUGUGGCGGUACGUGAGCGCGUUCGACAUGCAACCACGGUACAACAUCUACUAUUCGCUGUUCGAGAUGCCACGCUACUGGGCCGUGCCCAACCCGCCCUUAGGCUUCAUCAGAGCCACUCAAGUUUUUGCUGAUCUGCGCAACAUCAUCAACCUUCGCGCCGUCUACUUCGCCCUCCAGGGCAUCAAUGUCUUCUUUAUGAUGAUUCGCCUACUCAAGGUCAUGGACUUCCAGCCUUACCUUGGGGUCAUCACUCGCUCCCUCAGCCUCGCCACGCCCUCGCUGAUGCACUUCUUCCUGCUCUCCUUUACGGUCUUCUUCUGCUUCAGCAUGUAUGCCUACCUCGUCUUCGGAGGCGCAAUGGAGCUGUUCUCCACAGUACUCAACUCCAUGUUCUCCCUCUUCCUACUGCUCAUCAACGACAACGGCUCCGCCUACUUCCUUUCGCGCCUUGAGUCGUGGGACCUCAUAGCCGCGAUGCUCUUCUUCUUCAUGUUCAUCGUCUUCAUGGUCUUCAUCCUCCUCAACUUCCUCAUCGCCAUCAUCGUCGAUGCCUUCAUGAGCGUCAAGGACAGCGACGUCGUUGCGACUUCCAUAGCUGCUGACCUCGCACACAUAUUUAAGUACAAGUGGAACUGCUGGCGCGGCCGCUACUUGCCGUACCGCGUCAUUCUCGACCGCCUUGUGGACUUAGGCGCUAAAGACACACGCAUAAAAGACGAGAACCCUCGGAAGCGCCGCUUCAAGUCAAUCCAACGGCGGGUCGGCGCCAUGCUCUCGGGCUCGCGAGGCAGCGCCGACAAGUCGACGCCCUUCCCGCGGUCUGGCAACCAACCCGCCUUCCCUUCCGCGGCCAGCGAGUCGCGGGUGCGGAAGCAGCACGUGCUGACAGUGAGGGAGAAGCGCAUCGACGUCAUCUCACUUGCCAUGAUUCUGCAGCGCCGCCAUGACCAGGCGGUAAAGAAAGCCCCUGCCACGUCAUCCAGUGGAGCGUGUUUCUCCUCGUCCACGUGUGAGAACGGGGCCAUGUGGGGGGCUGCCCCCUGGACUGCAGACGAGGAGCAGCUGGAGCAGCUGUCGCAGGCGGUGGUGCUGCAGUGCGGCGAGGUGGUGAAGCAGGCCGCCCUGCCCGUCAAGAAGCCCGUUCAAAAGCUUAGCCUGGCCCACGUGCAGCAGGAGGAGGUGGUGCGGUGCCAGGCAGGAGUGGAGGAGCUGAGGGGCAUGAUGGCGGACAUGCAGAGCGACAUGCGAGCCAUGAUGGCGCUGCUCGACCGCGCCCUCCCCGCCUUACGCGCCCAGGGCCCUCUCGUUCCCCGCUCGGUAUCACCCCUGCCGGGGCAGCUACCACUGGUGCAGCCGUGUCGGAAAGUGCCGCAAGUGGACGCGGAGGGUGCGGGGCUAGGGGAGGUGGCGGGUGGGAUAGGCAUGGCGAGUGGAGCAGCAGUGGAGGGGAGUGGGAAAGGCGGGUGUAGCAUGGCUAAAGGAGCAAGUGGGAAUGGGAGGUUGGCAGGGAGCAGCAGAUCCCCAUCGUCGAAACAAGGGCCAGGGAGACGGGUGGUGUUCCAAGACGAGGCGGUGGAGGGCGGUGAGGGUGGUGUGAGUGGUGUGAGCGCAGAGGAUUCGUGGCAACAACCACUGAUAGGAAAUCAAAGAGCCCCUUGA